AUGCUUUCUCCUUUGCCAUAUGGUUCAACCACCCUCAACCUCACAACACCACUGACACUGGUUUGGAUGGCAAACCGCAAUCAACCCGUAAAUGGGAAGCUCUCAAAGAUUUCCCUCUUAGACAGUGGUAACAUCUUCUUGGUUGAUGCCGAUCAAGUCACCACUUGGUCCUCAAACACAGCAUCAGAUGCCCCAGUAGAGUUGCAUCUCCGAGAUGAUGGGAAUCUUGUUCUACGUGAGCCCCAAGGAACCAUUCUGUGGCAAAGUUUUGAUUUUCCAACGGAUACUCUUCUUCCAGGUCAGCCUCUUACUAGAUUCACACAACUUGUGUCUUCAAGAAGCCACACUAAUCAUUCAUCUGGUUUCUAUAAGCUGCUCUUUGACAAUAACAACAUCCUUAGCCUUAUUUAUGAUGGCCCUGAUGUUUCAAGCACAUAUUGGCCUCCACCUUGGCUACUCAGUUGGCAAGCUGGAAGAUUUAAUUACAAUAACAGCAGAGUUGCUGUGCUGAGUUCUCUUGGAGACUUCACUUCAUCAGAUAAUUACAAAUUUUCCUCGGAUGAUCAUGGCAAGGUGAUGCCGAGAAGAUUAACACUGGAUUCUGAUGGAAAUGUUCGUGUGUACAGUAGAAAUGAGGCUUUAAAGAAAUGGUACAUUUCAUGGCAAUUUAUAUUUGAUACCUGUACCGUUCACGGGAUUUGUGGUGCAAAUAGCACUUGCAGUUAUGAUCCUAAAAGGGGAACGAGAUGCUCGUGUUUACCAGGAUACAGAGUGAAGAACCAUAGUGAUUGGUCUUCCGGGUGUGAACCCUUGUUUGAUCUUACUUGCAUUGGAAAUGAGUCUACCUUUUUAGAGAUGCAGGGAGUCGAGUUUUACGGCUAUGAUCAUAUUUUUCACCCAAACAGUACAUACAUGAACUGUGUAGAUUUAUGUUUGCAAGAUUGUAACUGCAAAGGGUUUCAGUACAAAUAUGAUGGGGAGUACUCUACCUGCUUUACAAAGAUACAGUUACUGAAUGGAAGGUAUUCCCCACUAUAUAAAGGAACAAUUUCUCUAAAACUGCCAAAAAACAAUAACUUCUCCGAGGAAAAAUCUAUGAAGGCAGAUGAUCAUGUUUGUUCAGUGGUGCAUCACAAAGACUUUGUUAGAAAGUCAGCCAAUCGUUUUGUGAGUUUUUCUUUGUGGUUUGCCACUGCACUUGGGGCUUUAGAAAUGAUUUGCCUUUCGAUGAUUUGGGGUUUCUUCAUUAGGACCCGCCAAAAAUCUAGUGCAGAUCAACAAGGGUAUCAUUUCGCAGCAGUGGGAAUCAGAAAAUACAGCUAUUCUGAGUUGAAGAAGGCCACAAAGGGGUUCAGUCAAGAGAUUGGAAGGGGUGCAGGAGGGGUUGUGUACAAAGGAAUUUUAUCAGAUAAAAGACAUGCAGCAAUAAAGAGACUGAAUGAAGCUAAACAAGGAGAAGGGGAAUUCCUUGCUGAAGUGAGCAUCAUUGGAAGGCUUAACCACAUGAACUUGAUUGAAAUGUGGGGAUAUUGUGCUGAGGGAAAGCAUAGGUUGUUGGUGUAUGGGCAUAUGGAGAAUGGUACCUUGGCUGAAAAUCUCUCAUCCAACACGCUUGAUUGGAGUAAGAGAUAUAACAUUGCUCUUGGAAUAGCAAGAGUUCUAGCAUAUCUGCAUGAAGAAUGCUUGGAAUGGAUUUUGCACUGUGAUAUAAAGCCCCAGAACAUACUUCUUGAUGCUAACUAUCAACCCAAGGUAUCAGAUUUUGGCCUGUGCAAGCUACUAAACAGAAAUAAGCUGCAGAAAAGUCCAAGGUUUUCAAUGAUAAGAGGAACUCGAGGCUAUAUGGCACCUGAGUGGGUGUACAAUUUACCAAUCACCUCCAAGGUUGAUGUUUACAGCUAUGGAAUUGUUGUUCUGGAGAUGAUAACUGGAAAAGGUCCAAGAACGGGUGUGGGAAGCAUUGAUGGAGAAGAAUCAUAUAAUGGAAGUCCAGUAGCAUGGGUGAAAGAUAAAAAGAGUGGCACAUGUUGGCUAGAACAAAUCAUUGAUCCUGCAAUUCAAACAAAUUACGAUGAAUGUAAGAUGGAGCUCUUGGCUAGAGUGGCUUUGGAUUGUGUUGAAGAAAACAAAGAUUUGAGACCCAGCAUGAGCCAAGUAGUAGAAAUGCUUCAAACCCAUGAAAACUAA